AUGGUGAACUGCGCUGUCUGUGGGAAAAUAAUCUACGCGGCUAAAGCAAAAAGGACGACGGGAUCACUUCCCCAGAAUGCGAUCCUCUUUAUGUCAUUGGCACUGGCUGGUCACAUGGACAUGGAGCUCGCACGUAAGCUUCUGGACCCGGCAACGAAGAAAAGGGAAUAUGUCUGCCAACGGCAUGUAGUGCAGGCGGCACAAUUCCUUCUUGCUGAAAUGGCGAUGCUAGGAAGUAGAAUACGGCAUUUCGAUGAUCCUAGCGCGUCAGGACGUACUGCGUAUGUGGCAUUUGUCGACAUUCCACAGAGCAUAGUACAUAAUCUGAACUAUGCAUCAGAAGUGGACGUUGAGGAAAGUCAAUGUGGAGAAGGCGAACAUGAUGCAGGAGAGGAAGCGCGUGAUUUCAAGGUAUCUGAAGAAGAACACACGGAAUCCCCAGAAGAAGAUUCUGGAGAGGUAAAUGCAACCUAUAUGUAA